AUGUUAGAAAAUACUAAUGAAGAUUAUAACACAAGAGACCGUAAAUUAGUUCUGGGAAGAAAAGGAUCAAACGCGAAACUCGAUGAUAAACGUCGAACAUCGUUAUUGCCAAAAGAUAAUUAUUCAGUUUCUAUAAGCAAACAAAAUAUUUCACCAAGUCAUACAAAUAUAAGCUCAAGAAGACAACCUUUAAAAAAUAAUUCAAACUUGUCAGAAAAAACCGAACAUUCUUAUAAUAAUGAUAGUAUAAAUUAUGAUACUAAUAAUGAUAAUCAGAUCUACUCAAAGACACAAGAUGAUGAUAAAAACAUAUCAAAUGAACAUGCAUAUCGUGAUUUUAGACGUGAUAGUAAUGAUAUUAAUCAUAUCGUAACACCAGUUAGUUCUGAUUUCAAAACAAUUUCAAAAGACCAAGAACCAUUGCAUGAAAUUUCAAAUAGCGAGCUCACAAAUAAUACAAAUUAUUACMAAGGUCAUGUUGAUGAUGAGAACAUAAAAGAACACCCAACUCAUGAGUAUGAGACACAACUGGAACAUGUUCCUAGCGACGAACACWUUUAUACAAACGAGGUCGUUGAUGGUAACAAAGAAGUCUUAAAAAACAACAACAAUGAACCCAUUCAACAAAACGAAUUCGAUGACAAAAACAAUGUACACGAUGAGUAUUAUUAUCAAAGUCAUACAGAUGACAAAAAUGAAAAUUUAACAGAAAACCAAUAUGAAAAUCCCGAUUCCCAAGUUAAAGAUGUCGAAAGACAGCACGCUAAUGAUGAUUAUUAUUAUCAAGAUUACUCAAAUGUUGACCACCAAGAACAACCAGAAAAUCAAUAUUCCAAACCUGGUGUAGAAGGAGAAUAUACAGGUGAGCACGAAGAGCAUGACGAUUAUUACUAUAAAAAUCAUGCUAGAGAUGACAUAAAAGAACAACAAGAAGGUCAACAAUAUGCAGUAGACCCAAAUUAUCAGGAAAAUUACGUAAAUCAGCCACCGGCUCAAAAUGACUAUUAUUAUCAAAACUUUUCUAAUGUUGACCCAAAAGCACAAUCAGAAAAUCAAUACACUGAAUCUGAUCACCAAGGAGAAUACGUAACUGAGAAAAAUAUGGUCCAUGACGAUUAUUAUUAYCAAAAUCAUCCACAGGAAGGAACGAACGAAAAUCAAAUCGAUCAGAACUAUCAGGAGCAUCAAGGAAAUUAUGUUAAUGGAGAGCAAGACAAUUAUUACUACGAGAACAAUUCUAAUGUUAACACAGAAAGACAUCCAGAAGACCAAUAUAAUGAAAAUUCCCAACAAGAAACAUACACAGGUGAUCAGCACACAAAUGACGGUUAUUAUUAUCAAGAAGGCAAUACAAAUUACGACGAAAAUGUCCCAAAAGAAGAGUAUGAUGGUUAUGUUGAUAACAAUCACGACGCUAAUGCAGCUUAUUAUCCAGAUUCAAAUGUCGGCAAUUAUGACCAACAACAACAUGAUUAUGAAAGCAAUAGUUAUCCAACACAAAACGCAGAAUAUGUAGAACAAUAUGAACAAAUUUCUAACAAUGAAAAUAAUGUUUAUUCCGAAAACAUCGAUGAAAGUCAACMAACGAGUCAAAUCAACAGCGAACAAAAAUAA